CAACUUUUUCCCCUUCGAUUAUUUUCGUCUCUCUCAAGUCCCCUGUGUAUUUUUACUCGUAUUCGUUUCGAUCCGAUCUGAGAGACGCAGCCGCAGAAACAAAUGGCGAUGGCGAGGGGAAGCUCUGGCCUCGCGUACCCUGACAGGUUCUACGCCGCUGCCACCUACUCCGGCUUCGAUGGAUCUCCGACCUCUUCUACCAAAGGCGUCAGCUCUAAGUUCGGCAGCGACGCCGCUUUGCUUCUCUACGGUCUCCACCAGCAGGCUACUGUUGGACCCUGUAACAUUCCAAAACCUCGAGGUUGGAGUCCUGUGGAGCAGGGAAAGUGGACAAGCUGGAAUGGCCUUGGGAACAUGUCUACAAUGGAAGCGAUGCGCCUUUUUGUUAAAAUACUAGAGGAAGAAGAUCCUGGAUGGUAUUCCAGAGUGUCCAACUUUAUUGCAGACACUGUGGAAGAUGUUGAAGUAAAUCAAACUAAGGUGGUUGAGCCAGUAACAGAAAAUGGAAAUGCUUUCCAUGAGAUAAAGAGCAUUCCUUCUGAAAAUGGGAGCAUAGUAGAAACUCAGGAUAAAGAUGUGUUGUUGGAGGGUCUUGGUUUUGUUGGUGUUUAUGAUCAGUGGGUUACACCUGAAGUACUUGGUCAACGUCCUAAAGCCAGAUACGAGCAUGGUGCAGCUGUCGUUGAUGAUAAGAUGUACAUAUUUGGUGGAAACCAUAAUGGUCGUUAUUUGAGUGAUCUCCAGGUUUGGGAUUUGAGAACAUGGAAUUGGUCCAAGAUUGAACUUAAAGCUGGUGACGAGUCUAUGGAAUCUUCAUCUCCAGUAUCAAUGCCUCCAUGUGCUGGUCAUUCCUUGGUACCAUGGGGUAAAACUAAACUUCUUGUUGUUGCAGGACACACUAAGGGUUCUUUUGAAUCUAUGCAAGUGAAGAUCGUUGAUUUGCAAACAUGCACUUGGUCAGCUUUAAAGACAUAUGGGAAGCCGCCGGUCUCACGUGGAGGCCAAUCAGUUACCCUUGUUGGAACAAGCUUAGUAAUAUUUGGUGGGCAAGAUGCAAAGAGAUCCCUUUUGAAUGAUUUGCAUAUUCUGGACUUAGAAACCAUGACAUGGGAUGAAAUGGAUACCUUGGGUGGGCCACCUUCUCCAAGAUCUGAUCAUACUGCCGCUGUACAUGCUGAGCGAUAUCUUCUUAUCUUUGGUGGGGGUUCACAUGCCACUUGUUUCAAUGAUUUGCAUGUCCUUGACUUGCAAACUAUGGAAUGGUCAAGGCCUAUUCAACAAGGUGAAAUACCAAGUCCACGGGCUGGCCAUGCUGGUGUAACAGUGGGAGAAAAUUGGUUUAUUGUUGGUGGUGGUGACAAUAAGAGUGGUGUCUCAGAAACUGUUGUCCUCAAUAUGUCUACACUAGUCUGGUCUGUUGUAACCAAAGUUCAAGGCCGUGUUCCUCUUGCUAGUGAGGGAUUGAGUUUGGUCCUGGGCUCCUAUAAUGGUAUAGAUAUACUGAUAUCUUUUGGAGGGUAUAAUGGACGGUACAACAAUGAGGUUAAUGUCCUCAAGCCAAGCCAUAAGUCUUCUAUACAAACAAAGAUAGAGACUUCUGUGCCGGAAAGUGUUUCAGCUGUUCAUAAUGCUACAAAUCCUACAAGAGACUUGGAGUCUGAACUUGAAAUGCAAGAAGGAAAAGUUAGGGAAAUCAUCAUGGACAACGUUGAUUCAGAACCCAAGAGAGCCAUAAGGCAAGAGAAUAGUGAAGAUCUUAUAGGUCUCCUGAAGUUAGAGAAAGAAGAACUUGAAGCAUCCCUUAGUACAGAGAAGAUGCAGUGCCUUCAACUAAAGCAAGAGUUAGCUGAUGCUGAGACGAGGAAUGCAGAUCUGUACAAGGAGCUCCAAUCUGUGCGUGGUCAACUGGCUUCUGAGCAAUCAAGAUGUUUUAAACUUGAGGUUGAUGUAGCCGAGUUACGACAGAAGGUGCAAAGCAUGGAUGCACUGCAGAAAGAGCUGGAGCUUCUGCAGAGACAAAAAGCGGCGGCUUCAGAACAAGCUGCCCUUAAUGCAAAGAGGCAAAGCAACUCCGGUGGCGUUUGGGGCUGGCUUGCUGGAAGCCCUCCAGACCAAAGUGACAUUGACAACUGAAAACACAAACCGAAGUGUUUUAUAGUACCACCACCCUCUUCUUCUUCUUUAUAAAAUAUUUUAAUUUUAUUGUUUUCUUCUACAUCUUAUGCACUUGUUUUCUGGAAAAGGUAAGAUAUGGGAUUAUUUUAUAAGCCAUACUAAAGUUUACUUGGGUGAGCUGAGCUGGAAGGAGAUCAUAUUCAUAGUUGGUGUAAUAUUGGCUUGUUAAUUAUUUAUGAAUUUACCUAAGUAACAUAGUAAAAAAGAAGUAUACACACUAUUCCUUGGUAGUUAUAUUCUUCCCUUUUUUAUUAUUUAUUUAUUUUUGUUCUUGUA